GCGCGGCGGGCGUUGCCAUGGAGGAGCUGUGCGCGGCGCUGGCGGGCGGCGUGGCCUUGGCGGCUCCCAACAGCACCGCGGCGCCGCACCCGCGGCUCGGCGCGUACAAAGGCCGCGGGGACCGGCUGGGGCAGGAGGAGCGGCGGCGGCGGCUCCUGUGUCUGCAGAGAGAGAGGCGGCUGGACUACGUGAACCAUGCCCGCAGGCUGGCGGAGGGGGACUGGGCCGGCGUGGAGAGCGACGAGGACGAGGGGAAGGAUGGCGACGAGGAAGAGGAGGAGGAGGAGAUGGAGGUGGACGCCGGCAGGAGGCUGCCCAAGCGCUACGCCAACCAGCUGAUGCUCUCUGAGUGGCUGGUUGAUGUCCCCGUGGAUCUGGAGCAGGAGUGGAUGGUGGUGGUGUGUCCUGUUGGGAAGAGAGCGCUGGUGGUGGCCUCCAGGGGUUCCACAGCAGCUUACACCAAGAGUGGCUUCUGUGUCAACAGAUUUCCAUCCCUGCUGCCAGGGGGAAACCGGCACAAUACAACGAGUGAGAAAGUGUACUGUAUCUUGGACUGUAUCUACAAUGAAGCAGAGCAGACAUACUACAUCCUCGAUGUGAUGUGCUGGAGGGGACACCCUGUUUACGACUGCCAGACCGACUUCAGAUUCUUCUGGCUCUCCUCGAAGAUCCAAGAAGAGGAAGGGCUGGGAGAGAAAAGCAGGAUUAAUCCAUACAAGUUUGUGGGCCUGCAGAACUUCCCCUGCACCUCGGAGAGCCUGUGUGAGGUGCUGACAACGAGCUUCCCCUUCGAGGUCGACGGACUUCUCUUCUACCACAAGCAGACCCACUACACCCCUGGCAGCACCCCGCUGGUGGGCUGGCUGCGCCCAUACAUGGUGCCUGACAUCCUGGGGCUCGCUGUGCCUGCCACACCGCUCACUGCCAAGCCAGCCUAUGCUGGGCGCCAGCUCCAGCAGAUCAUCGAGAGCAAGAGGAGUAAAAAGCUGGCAGCAGGCAAGGCUCAGCCGAGCGCCGAGGCAGCUGCUAGGAACGGACAUUAUGAGCUGGAACACUUGUCCACCCCUCAGCCAGCUAGUGCUGCACAGGGCCAGGAGGAAGCAGGGAGUCAGAUGGAGAAUUAGGGAGAUGCUAAAGGUCCUCUGCUUCUCGCUGUCACUCACGCUUCCCAAGAGGUGGGGAAGGUAAUAAUUAUAGGAUGGUUUUGUUUAAAGGGCACGAGAAUGGAGUGUGUUGCUCCACGUGCCACCGGAUUUCUUUUGGUCUGGGUCCUUAGCAGGGCUCUCGGGUUUGCUGCAGUGUGAAAUCAUCAGUCUCAAGCUGUGGGCUCCCAGCUCAGCCCCUGCUGCCUGGCCUGGCCGUGCUCCUGCUGGGGGUGGUGCUCAGGGUGCUUUGGCCCUCGCUGGCUGAGACUUUCUUAAUGGAAGUUGUUUUUUUUUUGCAGUCAGUCUGCUUCUAGUAAGGAAAGUUUGCAGCAGGCUUCGGUAGCUCCCCAGGCAGGGCUUUCCAUGCCCACGUGUUACUGAGAAAUGCGAUUUCCUUGCCUUGCAGCCAGCCCUGCCUCCAGCCCAGCUCCGCGUGAGCCCCCAGCCUGCGUGCCGGGCUGCUCCCUGCAGGGGGAGGAAGGAACGAUUGCACUCUCGAAACGUUGCCAUUGAUUGUGCCAAAUAAAAGGCUUCUCUGAAAUACAAA